AUGAGUGCGCAAGCGGACCCCGCGCAGAGAGUCGCGAUAGGAAUAUCCUUUGGCAAUUCAUACAGCUCUAUUGCCUUUACCAGCGGUGAAGGCAGAGCACAGGUCAUCGCCAACGAAGACGGAGAUCGCCAGAUCCCCACCGCUCUAUCCUACGUUGAAGGAGAGGAACUCCACGGUGGACAGGCCAAGAGCCAGUUCGUCCGCAAUGCGAAGAACACAGUCGCCUACUUCCGCGACUUUCUCGGACAAGACUUCAAAUCGAUAGACCCCUCGCCAUGCCACCAGUCGGCUCACCCCAUACAGCAUGAAGACAGCGUGGCUUUCAGCAUUCGCGACACCGAAGAAGAGCAGGAAAACACCGUUUCCGUUAUCGAUAUCACCACACGCCACAUGAAGAGACUGCGAAGCUCUGCCUCUGACUACCUGGGAAAGGACGUCAACGCCGCCGUCAUCACCGUACCCACAAACUUCACCGAUGCCCAGAAGGAGGCUCUCAAGAAGGCUUCAACAAAUGCUGGUAUUGAGGUUCUGCAGUUCAUCAGCGAGCCCACGGCUGCUGUCCUGGCCUAUGAUGCCCAACCUGAUGCGAAGCUAGCCGACAAGAUCAUCGUUGUCGCCGACUUGGGUGGUACUCGUUCGGAUGUCGCCGUGGUCGCAUCCCGUGGUGGCAUUUACACUAUCCUGGCCACUCUACACGACUAUGAUGUUAGCGGCUUCAAGCUCGACCAAGUGCUCAUGGACCACUUCGCCAAGGAGUUCCUCAAGAAACACAAGUCGGCAGGUGACCCCCGGGAAAACGACCGAUCGUUGGCCAAGCUGAAGCUCGAGUGCGAAGCCGUCAAGAAGGCGCUAUCCAUUGGUACCACUGCCAACUUCUCCGUAGAGAGCUUAGUGGGCGGCACUGACUUUACCGCAACCAUCAACCGUACCCGUUAUGAUCUCUUGGGAAGCAAGCUGUUCGCCGCUUUCACUCGUCUCGUAACGCAAGCUGUGGAGAAGGCCAACUUGGACCCUCUCGACAUCUCUGAGAUUGUAUUGGCUGGUGGUAACUCACAUACCCCCAAGGUUGCUUCGGCGGUACGAUCAGCCUUCCCAGACUCCACGACUGUCCUCGCGCCUUCCACAUCCCCGUCCGCCAUCAACCCUUCGGAACUGGCAGUCCGCGGUGCUGCCAUUCAGGCCAGUCUCAUCCAGGAGUUCGAGCUUGAGGACAUUGAACAAAGCUCUCACCCCAUGGUCACCGUCACGCCCCAUCUUUCUACCGCUGUUGGUGUGUUGUGCAUCUCGGGUGACGAAUCCUCCGGUGUCUUCCACGCCAUUGUUGAUACCGAGACACAACUCCCCGUUCGACGCACUGCAACCAUCACGACACCACGAGAGGGUGGUGACGUGCUUAUCAAACUUGCCGAAGGCUCACGACACAUCAAGGUCACGAAGCCAGAACCAAAGCCCAAGCCUGAAAAGAAAGAUGACGACUCGGAAGACGAUGAUAGCGAUGACGACAGCGAAGAGGAGGAGGAAGAGCUGAGGGAAAAGACAUGGAAGGUCGGCCAAGUGCUGAGUGAGGCUGCAGUCCGUGGAGUGAAGAAGGGAGGAAAGGUUGAAGUGCAAAUUAACAUUGGCGCCGACCUGAGCAUAAAUGCCAUCAUCCGCGAAGUUGGCGGCAAGGGCGGUGUCCGUGGUAUUGUACAGGGAAAGAAGGUUAACGGCAGCGCCUAA